ACAAUCUACGGUUUUCCCAUAUGUAUCUCUGAAUGUGUAUAGAGACUCUUGCCCACAUCUGAAGGUCAAGACCACAAUGGAGAUGCUACGUCGCUCUUCUGUUUUUGCUGCAGAGGUGUUUGAGGUGUUUGACAGAUCCCCCACUGAUAAGGAGCUAGUAGCACAGGGGAAGGCAUUGUGCAGAGACUUCAUCCAGGCCCGACUCCAGCGUGCUGGUCUUGGAUGGAACAAACCAGAACAUGGGAUCUCUUCUUCAGCAGGAGGACGUAUGGCGGAGGUGUCAGCCACCUUCUUGAGGCUAGGGGAUGAGCUGGAGUACAUGAGACCAGCCGUAUACAGGAACAUUGCCCGACAGCUGAACAUCUCCCUCACAUCAGAGACCGUUCUGUCUGACGCUUUCCUGGCGGUUGCUGCAGAGAUAUUCUCAGCAGGUAUCACAUGGGGGAAAGUUGUAUCCCUAUAUGCUGUAGCAGCAGGCCUUGCCAUGGACUGUGUGAAGCAAUCUCAGCCCGCACUUGUGCUGACCAUCGUGGACUGUGUGGGAGAGUUUGUACGAACAACCCUGGUCACGUGGCUGAAGAGGAGAGGAGGAUGGACAGAUGUAACAAAGUGUGUGGUCACUUCUGAAUCCAGCCUCCGAUCCCACUGGUUGGUGUCCAGCGCCUACAACUUAGGACACUUCUUAAAGGCGGUGAUAUUUUUUCUGCUUCGUGAACGAUAACCUUCUGUGGCAGCUGCAUGUCCGUAAGAAAAACAAUUGGAAGUAUCAGUGAGAAGUCACUAGGCAGACAUUGCUUUCCUUCAUUUCCUGUUGCUGGGACCAAGUUUUGCAGUGAACUCUCAUAACAACAUGAACUUGAUUUGGCCCAGAUUCUAUUUUAUAAAUGAAGAUCAACCCAUACUGGGCCAUUUCCCUCGUCUCCAGCACAUCAGAGACUUUCCUGCAGUCAGGCUGAGCGUACAGUUUCCUCUGAUUCAGUUGGGAUCUUUUAUGAAUCACCAGACGGCGCUGUGGUUAGACCAGAUGUUUCUAGACUGCAACAGGUAUAAAUGGAGUUGAGUUAGUGUUAGAUACAGACAGUAUUAACAUAGCACAUACCGGG